ACAUUUAAAGAAACAACUGCUGCCCAAAAUUGGCAAUUGAAGGUGGCGCGUACGUACAUCACUCUCACCCAUUCUCUUUUUGCCAAUUGCAUAGAACGCAACCCACAUUUACGUUUUCUGUCAACAAAGUUUUAUUAUGAAUUCCGAAGAAACUUUUAAAAAAGGCGUCGAAUAUCGCGAAGCAGGCAAUGAAGCCUUCAAAAAGGGCGAUUAUCCCGCAGCAUUAUCAAACUACUAUCACGCACUUCUGCAUUUGCGAACUGUCGGUGGUCUUCAGCCUGCAAACGAUUUGAAAGAGAGAUCGAACGAGCAACUCGUCAAGAUUUACAACAACCAGUGUGCUGUUUUGGCAAAGCAGGAGAAAUGGCCGCGCGUUUUGGAUACAGCCACCAAGGCACGCGAAAUCGAUGCUGAAAACUUAAAAUCCAAGUUCCGGCAAGGUCAGGCGUAUGCUCGCAUGGGUGAUGUGGACAAGGCAAAAGAAGUGUUGAACGAGGUGUUGCAAAAGGAUCCCAAAGAUGCGGCGGUCAAGCAGGAAUUGGCAUUGAUCAAGCAGCAGGAUAAGAAGGGACAAGAGCAAGUAAAAAAGGCGUACUGGGGCAUGUUUGAUCAACAAAAGAAGGCCUAGAUGGUCAAUGCAGCAGCCAUGACAAAGAGUACGAAUAGCACGAUCAGUAAUACCAUAGUAUACCCCGUCCAUCCAUGUCCCACAGCAAUCCGACGCUCCAAAAUCUGGUUCAUGUUUCUCAAAUAAAUCAUGACCCCAACGCAUAUACUCGCAAGCCCAAGUGCCACGAAAAUGUACGACACAACCUGAACUUGGAUCGAUGCUGGAUCGUCUGUCCAAGGUAUUGAAUUAGAGGGUGCGAAUACUUUGGUUGGCAGGUCCAACAGCGUCAUAAAGCCUGCACAUCGUUUACAUAUAUAUGAGCAUGGGUGUCUCUCUGUGUUGUGCGCACUGUCUAACUAGAGUGUUGCUUCUCCACGACGAGUGUAUACCCAUGUGGGGGUUGUUGUGUGGAGAAGUAAAUUGAAUU